AUGAGCCGAGCUGCUCCUUACGCAGCCGGGCAAAAGCCGCCUGGUUUUGCCGGCGGCGAUUAUUUUUUCGCGCGGCUCAUCCGCGUCUUCAUCAGCCGGACAGGUUCGGCGGGCGACCCGGUUGAUGGACCCAGCAGAAGCCAAAUGGAAGAAGGGCCAAUUAAUUAUGUCGAAGAAAGGCGGCUGAAUGAGGGCAGUGGGCUCAGCCUGGCAAAUGGGGGCCGGCCGGAGGCGGGGGGCACUGCGCUGAUGGAGCCGAGCGGCUGGUCGCCGGGCCAGCCGCCUGCCGCCGGUAAAGCCCACCUGGAAGACGUCAGGAACCUGGUGGCCUUCUCAGCGGUGGCCGAAGCUGUUUCUUCCUACCGGCUGCCACCCCCGGGUUCACCGUCGCUGCUGUACGAGAAGUUCGAUUCGGAGAUGAGCCGGGGUGGGCUGAGUGCGGCAGACGGCGUGCCACGAGGGGAGGACCUGCAUGCCCUCAAGGCUGCCCUGGCUUUGGCCAAGCACGGCGUGAAGCCCCCCAACUGCAACUGCGAUGGUCCUGAGUGCCCUGACUACCUGGAAUGGCUGGAGCAGAAGAUCAAGACGGCUCUCGGCGAAGAGCCGGCAUCACCGCGGCCCUGCGCCACCGCCAACCCCCCGCCGCCCCCCCAGGAAGGUGCUAUCGACCCCCAGCCGGUGCCUGAGACCGCCGAGCCGUGCCCGCCCGACGGCCUCCCCUUUUCCCAAAGCGCGCUGACCAUCGCCAAGGAGAAGAAUAUCAGCCUGCAGACCGCCAUAGCCAUCGAAGCCCUGACGCAGCUCUCAGCUGCUCUCCCCCAGCCCCGAGGAGACGAGCCCCGUUAUCCGCCGGAGCCGGGAGCAGCGCCAGAGCCAUUUUUCGGCGCGGCACCUCCCCGGGGUGGCUUCGCGGCGGCGUGGGGGCUGGAGGCCGAGGGGGCGGCGGGGGCCGGAGACCCCAUGGCAGAGCUGGAGCAGCUGCUGGGUAACGCUGAUGACUACAUCAAGGCAGCUUUCAAGAGACCCGAAGUGACGGCCGGCAAAGUGAUGGCACCUAAAACGGAGCCCCCCGAACGAGCACCCAGCAAGGAAGCGCUGAGUGGCCCCCGCUUGCCGCCGGCACCGCCGGAGCCCAGCCUACACAAGAAGACGCAGCUGGUCCUGCAGCAGCAUCUCCACCACAAACGCAGCCUCUUCCUCGAGCAAAGCCUGGCAGCGGCGGCGGCUCCCCCGGACCGGCCGAGCGGCUGGUGGGCUCCCGGCGCCCCGGCCGUGCCCCCCAAGCCCUUCGAAAAGCAGGCCAAAGAGAAGAAGAAGAAAACGCCGCCCGAAAAGCCCCCCCCGGCCAAACCGCUCCGCAAGCAAGUGCAGAUCAAGAAGGCAAAGCAGAAGGACUCGCAGCCGCUCUUCCCGCCCCUCUGGCAGAUCAGCCUGGAAGGGUUUCGGGUGCCUGCCGAACCCCCCGCCGAAGAGAUGCAAACCGAACCGCCGCCGCCGCCUGCCUUCCCGCUCCAGCCUCUUGCACUACCCCUGCCCGCUGCUCGCCCCCCGCCGCCGAACCUCCUCGACGGCGGCCCCCCGGCUCCCGACUCUCAGGAAAGGGGUGCCCCCGGGGGGGGCCCCCAAAUUCACCCGGUGCUGGCGGGCUCGACCGGCUUGGAGGAAGCACCAGCCGCCCCCCCACCGGCUGCCCCGACCCCCAUCGUGGUGGAUGACAAGCUGGAAGAGCUUAUCCGGCAAUUUGAAGCUGAAUUCGGGGAGAAUUUCAACCUGCAGCCCCCCGAGACGCCUGCCCCGCUCGCCCCCGGGGCUGCUGAGCUGCCGGGGGGGCCAGCACCAGCCCCGCAAGUGCCCCCCGCCGCCGCCGCCGCCCCGGCUUCGAGCAGCGCUCCCCAAGCCGGACCCAAAAGCUUUUCGUUCUCGCCGGGGAAGGGUCCACUUUCGGAGCCAUCCUUCACCGCCCGGUCCCCCAAACAGAUCAAAAUCGAGUCUUCUGGUGCUAUCACCGUGGUGUCAACCACGUGCUUUUACUCUGAGGAAAGCCAAAACCCGGACGCGGAUGACGCCGACGGGACGCCCACCAAGGACGAGGUGCCGCUGACGCCAACCCUGAGCGGCUUUUUGGAGUCGCCGCUGAAAUACCUGGACACGCCGACCAAAAGCCUCCUGGACACCCCGGCCAAGCGGGCGCAAGCAGAGUUCCCCACCUGCGACUGCGUCGAGCAAAUCGUGGAGAAGGAUGAGGGGCCGUAUUACACCCACCUGGGCUCGGGGCCCACCGUGGCAUCCAUCAGGGAGCUCAUGGAGGAGCGGUAUGGCGAGAAAGGCAAGGCCAUCCGCAUCGAGAAGGUCAUCUACACGGGGAAGGAGGGGAAGAGCUCCCGGGGCUGCCCCAUCGCCAAGUGGGUGAUCCGGAGACACAACCAAGAGGAGAAGCUGCUGUGCCUGGUGCGGCACCGGGCCGGCCACCACUGCCAGAACGCUGUCAUCAUCAUCCUGAUCCUGGCCUGGGAGGGUAUCCCCCGCACGCUGGGCGACACGCUGUACCAGGAGCUCACCGACACCCUCACCAAGUACGGCAACCCCACCAGCCGCCGCUGCGGCUUGAACGACGACCGGACCUGCGCAUGCCAAGGCAAAGACCCCAACACCUGCGGCGCUUCCUUCUCCUUCGGCUGCUCUUGGAGCAUGUAUUUUAAUGGCUGCAAAUACGCCCGGAGCAAAACUCCCCGCAAGUUCAGGCUGGUGGGGGACAAUCCCAAAGAGGAAGAGCUGCUCCGGAAAAGCUUUCAGGACUUGGCCACCGAGGUUGCUCCACUUUACAAGAGGCUGGCACCACAAGCCUACCAAAAUCAGGUUACCAACGAGGAUGUAGCGAUAGACUGCCGGCUGGGCUUGAAGGAGGGGAGGCCGUUCUCAGGAGUGACGGCGUGCAUGGACUUCUGUGCUCACGCUCACAAAGAUCAGCAUAACCUCUACAAUGGCUGCACGGUGGUCUGCACGCUGACAAAGGAAGACAAUCGCGUGGUGGGGAAAAUCCCCGAAGAUGAGCAACUGCACGUCCUCCCCCUCUACAAGAUGUCCAGCACGGAUGAGUUCGGCAGUGAGGAGAACCAAAACGCCAAGGUGGGCAGCGGGGCCAUCCAGGUGCUCACGUCCUUCCCCCGCGAGGUCCGCAAGCUGCCCGAGCCCGCCAAGUCCUGCCGGCAGAGGCAGCUGGAAGCAAAGAAAGCCGCUGCGGAGAAGAAAAAGCUGCAGAAAGAGAAGCUGAUGACGCCGGAGAAGAUCAAGCAGGAAGCGCUCGAGCUCCCCAUGCUCCAGCAAAACGCAGGUAUGGCGUUGAAAAGCGGGCUGCCCCCGCAGCCGCUGAAACCUUCCAUCAAGGUGGAGCCGCAGAGCCAUUACAACGCCUUCAAGUACAACGGUAACGCAGUGGUGGAGAGCUACUCGGUGCUGGGGAGCUGCCGGCCCUCCGACCCAUACAGCAUGAACAGUGUUUACUCUUACCAUUCCUACUAUGCACAGCCCAAUCUGCCUUCCGUGAACGGGUUUCACUCCAAGUUCGCGCUUCCCUCCUUCGGGUAUUAUGGCUUUUCCAGCAACCACGUGUUCCCCUCGCAGUUUCUGAAUUAUGGUGCGCCCGAGAGGGGUGGGAGCAGCUGGGUGAGCAACGGCUAUGAGAAGAAGCCUGACGUCCCGGUGUUGCAGGAGAACCUCAACCAUGCCUAUGGGAACACCGAUUUCCCCGAGCCCAUCCCGCACAGCGUCCGGAGCAAAAACCAUCACCAGCGCACCUACGAGCGGGCUAACCGCUACGCCAGCCAGCAGAAAGCGGCGGCGGCGGCCGGGGCGCACAGGACUAGCUCGGGCUCGGAGGAGGUGCCGCCGUUUGCACAGAACUGUUUCGGCAGCCGGCCCAUCAAGCAGGAGCCUCCGGACCCUCCACCCGCCAUCGAGCCCCUUCCUGGCGCGGCGGCCGUGCCCGGCACCGGCUUAGCCCUGCCGGCCAUCCCAGCGCGCGGCGGGGGGCCGGAGCCGCGGUGGAGCCCCUUCAAAGCGUCCCGGGGCACGUCUUCACCCGAGAGGACUAGCACGGCGGAGGGCUCGUGGAACGCCCUGGCGCCGGGUUUGGGCGGGCGGGAGAAGCUGAGCGCCUUCGACGCUGCCGCCCGCUUGCCGCCGCCGGAGAAGCAAUGGCCCAACGUCCUGGCGGGAGAGGCGGCGGCGGUGGCGCGCGGCUCGGGCUUGCUGCCGAAACCGUGGAGCCCCUGCAAGCUGGGGGAAGCGGCGCUGGCUGGCACGGGCACCUCGAGCUUGCUGGGGCCGCUGGGUUUCAGCUCGGCCCUGCCGGGGCUGCCCAGCUUCCCCGAGGAGCUGUGGGGCUCGGUGAAGGCGGAGGAGCGGAGGACGCCGGCGCCCAGUCCGGGGCUGCUGGAGAAGCCGUGGGAGGCGGCGGUGGGCGAGAAGGGGGUGGCGGGGCCCCGCCGGGAGAAGCCGUGGGACCCCUUUGGCCUGGAGGAGGAUCUGCCGGAGAAGGCGGUGAAGGAGGAGGAAGAGGAGGAGGAGGAGGAGGACGAGGAAGAGGAGGAGGAGUGGUCGGACAGUGAGCACAACUUCCUGGACGAGAACAUCGGUGGGGUGGCCGUGGCACCCGCCCACGGCUCCAUCCUCAUUGAGUGCGCCCGCCGCGAGCUCCACGCCACCACCCCGCUGAAGAAACCCAACCGCUGCCACCCCACCCGCAUCUCCCUGGUCUUCUACCAACACAAGAACUUGAACCAGCCCAACCACGGCCUGGCGCUGUGGGAGGCCAAGAUGAAGCAGUUGGCGGAGCGGGCUCGAGCCCGGCAAGAGGAGGCGGCACGCCUGGGUCUCCCGCCGGACGCCAAAGCCUUCGCCAAGAAACGCAAGUGGGGUGGUGCGUUGGCGACCGAGGCGCCCAGCAAGGAGAGGAGGGACUCGGUCCCCACGCGGCAGGCGGUGGCCAUCCCCACCAACUCCGCCAUCACUGUGUCCUCCUACGCCUACACCAAGGUGACGGGCCCCUACAGCCGUUGGAUCUGAGACGGAGGCAACCGCCGCAGCCCCAUCUUACCUCAACCCUCGGCAGCGCCGGAGCCCGGCGUUGCUUCGUGGUGCUUUCUCCUCGGGCGUGG